GACCAUCUGCAAAACAAACACCUCAGUCGCAGAGGUGUCCUCGAGCCUUCAGGUGCACUCACGUCAGCGGCCUUUCCCCGGUGAGACCGGGUUUCUGGCGUCUUUUUGUGACGUGGUGUAACCAGAUACCCCGGGUUUCUCCGCCUCCUGUGGCCAGAGGAGGAAGAGCCCGGGCACGCCAGCGGUGCCUUCAAGUGCUGCCAGCUAACUUUAGCUUCAGCUAACCCAUGUAUCUUUAGCUUAGCGAGCUAAACAGAGUGGAAGUUCAUCUCGUUUACCGUAGGCUCCAUCGAUAUGGUGACCCUGGCGUCCGUGCUGAGACCCCUGGCAGCCCAGCUCCACCGGCAGCUCGUCAAACCCGCUGGGACGCACCGAGUCACCGCGGUCCGGAGGUGCAACCUGUCCGCCUGCUCCAGCAAAUAUGUGCUGUCCCGGAUACAUCCCAUGUGGCAGCAGCCGCUCGCCGUGCCUGGAGGAGAACGCCAGUCUCCCAUCGACAUCGUGGUCCGCAAAAGCGUGUUUGACUCUCAGCUGAAGCCUCUGGUCACAGACUACGACCCCAACACCUGCCAGCAGAUCUGGAACAACGGUUACUCCUUCUUGGUGGAGUAUGACGACACCAGCGACAAGUCCACGCUGAAAGGUGGGCCGCUCCAGGACCGGUUCAGACUGUGCCAGUUCCACUUCCACUGGGGCGAGACCAACGCCUGGGGGUCAGAGCACACGGUGGACCGGCAGCUGUUUCCUGCAGAGCUUCACCUGGUUCACUGGAACUCUGAGAAAUACAAUCUGUUCGAGGAAGCAGUGAUGGAGGAGAACGGCCUGGCUGUGAUCGGAGUCUUCCUCAAGGUCGGGAAGCGACACGAGGGGCUGCAGAAGCUGGUGGACGCGCUGCCUGCCAUCAGACACAAGGGCAGCUUGGUGGAGUUCACCAGGUUCGACCCGGCCUGUCUGCUGCCCAGCAACAUCGACGACUACUGGACCUACCACGGCUCCCUGACCACCCCCCCUCUGACCGAGUCGGUCAGCUGGAUCGUCAUGAAGCAGCACAUCGAAGUCAGCCACGACCAGCUGGCCGUCUUCCGGAGCCUCCUGUUCACGGCGGCGGAGGAGGAGGUGCAGAAGAGCAUGGUCAACAACUUCAGAGUCCAGCAGCCGCUGCGAGGCCGCACCGUCCGCUCCUCCUUCUCACCCUUCCUGCAGGAGGCGCCGUCCACCGAGGAGGGCCAGCACGCCCACUGAGACAGUAACACACACCCUCAGGAGGCGCCUCUGUCAAACAUCUUCACUUUCAUCCUCCUUUUUACGAGUUUCUAUUCUACUGCCGAUCUGUUGCCCAGAGAUUCAACCGCGUCACUUUGAAAUCUGCUGAGCGUUGAUCAGAUUGUUUACAUCGUCCACUGUUACUGCAGAAUGUUACUGUCUUCACCGUCCAACUUAGCACAACUGCCUUCUGUCUGCAAGUCCCAUCCUCCUGCCAGCAGGUGCCUUCAGACGCGCGAGGAAGCUCAUUUAGGCUCUUAUCACAUGAUGCUCUUCAUUCCUGACCUUUUUGUUGCUGCUGUUUGCGUCUGUCCACGAGACGCCUGGGGUUACAGCGCGCCGCUUCUUAGGAAGAUCUCAGCUCCACUUCUGCGAGGCAAAAUCCAGAGAAUCAACACGAGCAGGUUCAAGAAGAGGAGAGAGUUUAGACCGGAUAUAUGGAUGGAAUCAUGGGAAAUUCCACAGUUCUCACACACACAGUAUUUUCUCUGCUUGACCUUUUCCCUGUGAGGUGACAUGACACAAAGUGGGUUGUGCUGAUGAAAGGGUGUUGGGAGUGCUCGUGCACGCCGCGAGUGACGGGGUGAAUGUUAUAAAGCAUGAAAUAUAGGAAGAGAAAAUAUGCAUCUUAAUUCGUGACUAAAUAUGAUGUACAGAUAAUGGGUCCAUUAAGAAAUAUAUCCACAAUAUAUACAGUAUAAUAUAUAUAUAUACAGUAUAUAAAGACAAAUGAAUGAUGAAUCAGUCAAGUCACUUUCAACUCUUAGACACCAAAUGGAAUUGGAAUCUGGGGUGUCAUGUGACUGGCGAGUCUCUGGAAGUCAGAUAAAAUAUUCAGCUCAGAGCGGAAUGAAUGCUGCAAAAGAAAAGUAGUGACUCAUCUCUGCCUUCAUCUGGGACUGCUGAUGUUCGUCGUCUGCCUUCGUGUUUGUUCGCCAGGUGUUUUUGAAAGCUAUGUCAAUGUUUUUAAUCUUCAGAGGAAGCGAAGCAGUUUUAGUCUCUGCAAGUUUUUCUGCAAAAAUCGCUGAAAAAUGGAUUAUUUGUCGGGAAAAACAAAAGUCGCCUUUUAAUUUUCUGAGAAAUAAAACUGAAAAAUCAAAUGUAUUUUGUGCAAUUCCCUUCCAUCGAAAUGGAAUUAAAAUAAAAAUGGAUUCAUAUUUUUUGAAUGAAUGAACGUUUGUUUCAGUCUCCACCAACACGUCCUGAUCACAUGACAGUUCAGCAGAUGUGUGUGACCAUCGCAUCACUUGACUUCUUGUUCACAUGGACAGUGGUUGUGUGGGAACUAAAAAUAACUUUUUUUUUUUUUUUUUUUUUUUUUUUUUUUUCCCCCCUCUGAGUUAGUAUGAUUUAAAACGCCUGAUAUUUUCCUCUAUAAAAUGAUAUUGUUUUUCUGUGUCAUAGUGUUUUUGACUUCCUGUUCACUUUUCAAGUUUUAUUUUAUUUUAUUUUAUUUUAUAUAUAUCCAAAUUAUUUUAACUGUGACAUAUACUUUCAUUAAAAAUGAAUUACAGUUAAAACACAUUCUUCUCCUGUACAUACAUGAGAGAAAUGCUGUCGAGCGUCCGGAGAGGUGUUUCCUGCGAUCCAAGUUUCUUUCUCGUGUUUAUCUGAUUCCGUGUGUGUGUGUGUGUGUGUGUGUGUGUGUGUAUGUGUGUGUGUGUGUGUGUGUGUGUGUGUGUGUGUGUGUGUGUGUGUGUGUGUGUGUGUGUGUGUGUGUGUGUGUGUGUGUGUGUGAGACUGGGCGUCGCUGGUCCGCCGGCAGGGGGCGCCACCUGACGGUUGCAUGAGAAGGUCCUGCCUGGGACGUGACGUCACGGGCUGUGGCUGUUUCCACCCGUCUGUCCUUCACUCUGAGUAUCUUUGUUGGUGGAAAGUGAUUUUCAUCUGUUGCAAGUGUUUCUGCCUCUUCAGUGCAGCCGUUUGUUUGCUCAGAGAGUCGCUGGCAUUCCUGACCUGCGGGGGCUCCACUGAGGCUCCUCCCAGCAUGCACCUCGCUGGCUCCUUCUGUCGCCUCCAGCUGUGCGUCCAGGAAGCGCUUCCUCCUCUGGGCUUGAGCUGGAGCUGGAGCUCUCACGUGGGCCCAGGGUUCCAUCACAGACCGAAGCCAUGAAGAUGAUGAUGAUGGUGGUCCCGUCCUCACUCCUGUCAGAGGUCAGACGAUCCAGAGAACUGACGGUGGCGGAACCCAGCAGGCAGAGGAGAGCUCUGCCUCCUGGCUCAGGUCUGACACCUCCAUCCUCCCCUCACUCGUGAACCAGUCACUUGUUCAUGAGGGAAACUCACGAGAGUCACAGGACGACUCCAUCACGAGGGUGUGGAAGAUGUGAAGUCCAUCUAGCCUCAUCUGAAAAUUCAGAUCAUUCCUCUCUGUUGUGUUGAGCUGAGGGCCCGCGGGGGCGGUGGGGGGACGAUGGAGGAGCGGGCGCACGCGGCGAGGAAACAUGGGUUUGAUAGAAGUGGUUUCUGAGAAGGCCCAUUGUUGUGGAAAGAUCCUCUAAACUGGAGACAGGAACCCUCGGCCUGCUUUGAAGCCCCCGACUCUGAGGGGAUGUUUGGUGGCCCCCGCCCAGACGGCAGGGGGCCCCAGGGGCCCGCUUAUUUACUCUGCCUGUUGCCACAGCUGGGCGGGACGCGGGUCCCCGCCCAAAUCAGACCGGAGACGAGGAUUGUGUUCGGGGUCCUCGUGCUUCCCCCGAUUGUGUGGCAGGGCCCCUGAGCUUUGAACCCUCUGUGUUCUCACCUGUGCUUCUGCAGCGGCUCCACGCCGACCCCGGGGCCUUCAACUCCCUGCAGAUGGGCCAUCACCGGGGCCCCCAGUGGCUCCCGGUUUAGAUCAUGUCCUGGCCCGGACCUGACACAGUUCCCGCUGCAGAUAUGAGCCAGUCUGGGCAGUAGAAGAAGGUGCUGGGACCCUCAGGAUUCACCUGGGGUUUGAGCCGGAACACUCGACCGACCAGACCCUGUUGGGGGCUGGAUCUACUCCGGGAUCUGUUCCGGAUCCAGGCCACAUGCCAUGUGAACAGUGGGCUGCAUCCACAGUGGAUCUGUUUGCCGGAUGAUGAGGGUCAGAUCUGGUACUGAGGAUCCGCUACUGAUCACAGAGUCCAUGCCGGACUCCUGUCUGUUACCUGGGAACUUCCUGGUCCCACCUGUGGCUCCUCCCAUUGACACCCACACAUCCCAGCAGCACAGACAGCAGGUCCAGUGAGGCAGUGACCAACGUGUCCAUCAACACAGCCGCUCGCCUCUCAAGCACAUGAUCCCCAGCUGCCAGUGCUCCUUCACCCGCACAGACCACCGAGCUUCUCCCCCAACUGAAACAUAGCGUGGAGCAAUGCCAGGUCAAAACAAAGGCACCGUGAACGAAUGAAUUUCAUCUCUCAGAUUUGAUCAUUUUGUACCGCCAUAUUUUUUAUUUAAAAACAUUGUGUAGUAAACAAAAAAGUGUAAUAUUUAUGUCAUUAUUUCAGUAAAGGUGCG